UUGCAUGCUGACAGCAGAGAGAGAAAGACAAGCUUUCAGCUCACUAUACAUGGCUGUGACUGGAGAUGAGACAGAAUCAGCCACCACUGGAGGUAUGUCUGCGUAUCAGAUUUCCUCUCCUGCAUCUGGCCUUUCCCAGGCAAUGGACGGCUCACCCGGCUCUCUGCCAAGCCCUCAGCAGCUGACUGAGGAAGCAUCACAUAAGAGGGAACUCCGACUGGUGAAAAACAGGUAUUGCCCAGCCGCCCUUCCCUAUUCCAGAAUUACUACUGCAUUCUGUAGCCUAAGAGCAUGAAAUCAUUAUAGCAGCUGAUUGCAGUCCAUGUUGAUGUGUUGCUUGGUCUUUUCCUCAGUUCGUUCUGUACCUGAGGCCUUACAUGUUCUUCAGUUGCAUCCAUGUGUCUGCUUUCAACUUCUGAUGAGGUCAAAGGCUUGUAUUCUUUGCUUUUUGCCUAUCACUGCAUCAUGCUUGAUGAUGUCUCAGU